GUCAAAAUCACGCUGCGGAGCGGACCGGGCGCAAAACUUCAGCAGUUGUUUACAUAAUUUUGUUGUAGAAAAUUUAGUUAUUUUUAAGUUUUGUACAGUUGUUAGCUUUAAAAAUUACUCAAAGGGAAAUGAUCAAAUCGCUGCGCUUCGUUGUCCGGUGCUCGCCCAUCCUCAGGCAACCAGUUCUCGGACCGGUGAAAAAUUUGCACAUCACACCUCUCAACCAGGCGGGACAUUCCAAGUGGCAAAACAUCCGACACAUAAAGGCAUUGAAUGAUGGUCGGAAGUCCGUCCUGUUCAUCAAGUUGUCGCGUCAAAUCCGACUGGCCAUCCAAGCGGGCGGAGCCAAUCCGGCCGUAAACAAUACCCUCCGGGCGGCCAUAGACGAGGCACUGAAGAAGAACAUGCCCAACUCGACGAUCCAGGGCAUUCUGAAGAAAGCCAGUCAGUCGUCGUCGCAGCUGAAGAAGUUUACCGUAGAAAUUAAGGCGUUCGAUCAAAUCAACGUGAUUUGUGUGCUCUACACGGAUCGGUUCACGCAGAUCAAGAUGGAAAUUGCUACCCUGUUGAGAAAGAAUUUUUCCAUGUUCAACGACGUGAAACACUUGUUCGAUGAGCAGGGUUACAUUGAGGCCAUACUGAAGACGGAGGCCUCUGCGGAUGAGUUACUAUCGGUGUGCACCGAGCAUGCCAUCGAAGUGGGUGCCGAAGACGUCGAAAUCAUGAGCGAAGACUCUAAAUUGCUUAGGUUCAUCUGUGAUCCGACCCAGAUUGAUAGGGUAAAAACGCAACUGGAAAAGUUAGGAUAUUCAAUUGAGCACAAUGAGCAUGCAUUUUUCCCAAAGAGCACAAUCAAGUUAAACCCGGAUGCGACGGAAGCGUACGAGAAGCUGAAGGAAAAGUUGAAAGCAGUCGACGGAGUGGAAGACAUCUACGAUAAUGUAGAAGUGGUCUAUUAGUGUUUGCUGCAACAAAGGGAUGUUGAAAUAGUU